AAGAUGCGCGGGCUGGCCGCGACCCUCCGCGGCCGGGCGAAGCCCCGGGGACGGGCCGGGAGCACCACGCUUGCCCCGGGGAACCGUCCAGGCACAUGCACUCUCCUGCAGCCGCCCCCACGGGGCACCUUGCAAAUCCUCCGUGGAAAUGGCACUUCUGUGGGGACUGUGCUUGUGUUCCACUGUCCCUCUGGCCACCAGAUGAUAGGGUCCGGACUCCUCACCUGCGCCUGGACGGGAAGCCUCGCUGAUUGGUCUUCAGGGAUCCCGUUGUGCAAAGCCGUGCCACCACACGAGACGUUCGGCUUCAGGGUGGCGGUGAUCGCGUCCAUCGUGAGCUGCGCCAUCAUCUUGCUCAUGUCCAUGGCGUUCCUUAGCUGCUGCCUCCUCAAGUGCGUGAAGAAGAGCGAGCAGCGGCGAGCCAACAGGACGGCACAGCUGUGGUACCAGCUGAGAGGCGAGGACCUGGAGACCGUGCAGGCCGCCUACCUGGGCGUCAAGGGACACAACCACCACCCCAGCAGCAGUGGCGGAGGCAGCAAGCCAGGGCGGCAGCAGCACAGCCAGGCCCACGACAACCGCAGCUUUGCCGUAGACCUCAGUGACGGCAUCAGAGAGCUGGCCAGUGUGACCCAUGGUGUGGACAAAGACCCCUGGACUUCUAGGCCGGGUGCUCCGGGCUCCAGUGACCCCUCUAGCUCCCCGUGCACCUGCAUGGUGGUCCACACGGUGAACUCAAUGGGACCACCAGGAAUGCCCACAAGGCCUUCGGUAUACCUCCCAGGAUGACCUCACCAGCUGGUGGCCUGCAUCACAACGCAUGUCCAGCUGGAGACGGGUCUGGUCAUCUCCAGGUGUAGGGAGCCCAUGGGGAUCAAGCUUGCCCUGAAGGUGGUCUGUCUGCAUCCGCUCACUGGACGGCUGCUGGACAAACGUGGUUCAGUAGCCACCCUUCAACCAGCGUUCUUUUGAAGAGACUGCAAGACAUUUUAAACAAGUACGAUGUUGCAUAGUAAAAUAAAAGUAAAUGGUAAUAAGGCACUUUUCAGCAACUCGGCAUUUCCUGGGCCUAUCAUAGAUGUGCUGCCUGGGCUGAAAAGACCAGUAAGUUCUAUUACAUCUCUCUGGGUCAAUGAGGCUCAGCUUUUGAAACAACCAACCUUGAAGUCUUGGAUUCAGA